AUGUCAGACAGCCAGAAUGACCGGUCGCUUGAUCCAGUUGACAUUAGGUGGAAGAUGGCCGUAGCAUGCGACAUCUGUCGCAGGCGGAAAGUACGGUGCGACGGUGAGAGGCCUUGCAGCCGAUGUAGAAAGGGCAAGAGGGACUGUACAUUCUCAAUCCCGCGACAUGUCGCACGUAAGACCCGGGACCCUGGAACUUCAUCUGUCUCACCCAACACUGAAGUGCCUUCAACUAGUCGACUUGCCCCUAAUGACCAAACUCGGCCGAUUAAACCUCUUGAUUCUCAGUGCAACGAGAAUGACCACCUUCUGUUGAUUGAUCCCGAUGAUCAGAUCGUCUACUCUGGUCCAUCGAGUGGCAUGCCUCUUUUCGCUAGAUUGGGUGUGUUGAGAACGGUGGAGGUAUCGGAAAGCGAUCAGGACAGCAGUCAAUUCGCAUCUCAUUCAUCUUCCGCGUUUGGAAUCACAAGCGCACUUUCCCCAACCCGUGACUAUUUUGAUAUGUGUCUUCAACGUUGUCCACAGGACUUGAUGAACAGCUUGAUUGGUCAUCAUCUGAGUGCACCUGUGUUCUUCCCUCUUCUACACGCACCGUCUUUCCUCUCCGAAUUCAUCGCAGUCUCCGAACGCAGGUUGAAAUGUACACCACAAUAUGGAGCGAUGCUUAUGAGCAUACUGGCAGUGACAGCUCGUCUGGUGGAAGGAGGUAGAUCUUUAGUUCCUGUUGCGGAUAGGACAGGCGAAUCGUACUAUGAAUUUGCGCAGGAUUUACUGCGAGUAAGCCAGAACAAACUGGAUAUACGGCACAUAUUAGGGUUGUAUCAUCUUGCUCUGUUCGCAGAAGGGCGUAACACAUCUACCGGCAUCGCAUCGAGUUUCGUCGCCGAAGCCAUUGGACUGGCGUUCGCUACAGGACUACAUCGAAGUACCGAUACAUUCCGAAUGGAUCCAGUGACGAUGCAAAUCCGUACGAGGCUAUUUUGGGCUCUGUACUCACUUGAUGUCGCUGUGGCUUAUUCCCAGGGGAGGCCCGCUUUGAUAAGGCUAUCUGAUUGCAGCAUCGAGCUACCUGCUGUGGUGGACAACGAAAUGAUAACAAAGACAGAGAUAUUGCCGCAGCUGGAAGAUGAUCCUCCAGUCAUCAUGGCUGCGGCGGUCAAAACCAUUGAGAUAUAUAUUGUGCUUGAGCAAGUCCUAUCUGCCAUCAACGCACCCUUCAUCACUAUAUCCCAAAGAUUCAACCUGGGAGAUCCUCCUCGCAGGAGGAGUGAGAAAUUAGCAAGAGCUCAGAUCUGCCUUGACGAGAUCGAGCACACACUCCCCCCGUACAUCGCUCGUCCUACUCUCCCAUCCGACCGAUCCCUCAACCUCGACUUCCUCCAGUCAUCUCGCCUCUGGACCACGAUAUUAUUCGUCCGAACCCUCAUUGCUCGCCAAGCUUUCAUUGACGAGCUUGAGGGUACUCCUGGUCCAUCGCAAGAGCCAAGCGAGAGCAUUCUUACAGCAUGUCACCUCUCCGUCGAUAUUGUCAAGAUAUACGCUCGCCUGCGAUACUAUAGUCUCUUACAAUAUUGUAGCUUUCACGCGGUCUCACAUCUCACAGCUGCCAGUCACACCCUCAUUGCGUGUAUGCUGCAGAAUCCUAACCUGACGUUUGAACAUCGACCGGAUCUUUUGUCUGCCAUCGAUAUGCUAUUACUCUGCUCGAGUCGCUUCCCUUGCGCUAAACCAGUAGCUCAGCUGCUCGUCCAGCUAUCACGCGCCUUGGACCUCAGCUCAGGCGGGGGCUACGGCACCUCGAAUGAAGCUUUGGCAAUAAGGGUGUUGGCGCGCAAGAUGGCUGCUUCCCCAGCAAGCGAAGUGCAAACGUCUCAUACGCGUCCUGUAAUACCGCCUUCUCCCGUUCAUCCCUCGACGGAAAGCUCUGAACAAUUUGAAUCUGACUGGCUCGUCAGAGCAGCGCAUAGAGGAAGCCCAACAACUUUUUUACAAUGCGACGACCGCACAUUUCCAUCGCUAUCUGAGGCUGUGGGAAGCGCCUAUUCAUUUUCACAGCUGCCAAGACAGGGGUCACCAAGAGUGCUGCCAGCUGGAGAACACGCUUGGAACAAUCAGGAAUCUAACGAGAUAUUCUCGGAAUGGGGUGAUAACUUUUCCUUUCUGAACGAUGGUCUGUUUGACGCCUUCGAGAGGCCGCCUUGA